GUAAUACGUAGAGAGUCGAGCAAAAAAAGAAAUAUUUCAGUCGGUAACCAGAUUAAAGGAUUUUUUUUAUAAGUCUAGAAUCAAUCUGAAAAAUAUGCCUGCUGAGAUAAGUUCAGGUAGUUUUCAGAAAAAAUUUAGCAACCUGAUCAUGAGUAUCAUAUAAAAUGAAAAUGUCACAGUAAAUAUCAAAUGGCUGAUAUGGUAACAGGGGUAGAAGCCUCAGCUAUCGGUGUCCUAAAGAGAGCUGUGGAAAUGGAUACAGCUCGACGGUUUGAUGAAUCACUAGUGUGUUACCAAGAGGGCAUUAAUUUACUGUUACAGGUGUUAAAAGCUACAAGUGACCAAAGUAAAAAGGAAAGAUACAGGAAGAAAAUAUCAGAAUAUAUGGACAGGGCAGAACAACUCAAAUCAUUCGUUAUAGAAACAAAAAAUGCUGGAGGAUCCCAUGAACAGAUCCAGAUAGAUGACAAUGCUACAGGGUUUGGAAUGGAGAAAUUAUUUUCACGUUUUAUGACAGAAUUUUUGACAGAAAUAGAAAUAGAAGAUCCCUACAUUAGAGCACAUCAUCAAAUAUGUAAUUUGCUGAGAUUUUGUGAAGUUGUUGUAAAAAGUCAGUGUCCAGUAAAGGAGAUAAGAUUACUGACCGGCAGAGACGAGUAUCCUGAUGCUCAAAUGCAACAACAGCAGAAACUGAACCAACUAAAGAAAAGUUUACACAAUCAUGGAAUAGAAUUCAACUGGUCCUUUCAUGACUCUCUACAUGACAGGGAGAUUAGGUUUAACACUGGAUGGAUCGUAAAGAUAGGAAGAGGAUUAGAUAUAUAUAAAGCUUCAGACAAUAAAUUCUCUAUAGGAUCCAUUGACCUUGACCUACGACCUUGUCAUAAAACUACUGUAGAUAUAUUUCAUACUAAAUCCAUAAAUAAAACUAAAGAUGAUACAUCAUGACAAAUGUUAGAUUCAUAAUUAAGGUAUUUCUUACUUGAAGGUUAAUAUUUAAUAUGUAUUUUGGUAAUAUUAAUAUUGUCCUACAUUUGAAAUAUCUUGAUUCAGGCUUUAUCAUGUUUAAAUACUAUUUAGAAGUAGAAGGUUAAGACUGUUAUGGAAUACAAUUUAAUUUAGUGAACACAUUUCUCUUUUUAAAUUGUCUAGAAGUUUUAUCCUGUGAAAUGCAAAUCCUAAUUAACUGAAACUUAAAAGUUAAAUUUUUGACCUUUUAUAAGUGAAUUUUUUAAGAUGAAAUAUAAUUUUGUUCAUUUAUAUCAUUGAACACAUUAAAAAGACUGAAAAAAGCACAAUGAUAGAGGGGGAGGGGGAAAUUUUUCCAUACCAAAUAUCACACUGAUAACUUUCACAGCAUGAGCAAAUAAUUGCUGUUUAUUUCACUGUGCAUUUCAUGAAGAUCUACAUGUAGUGGGGUGAAAAUCUUCAGAAUUUUUUUCAGAUCAUUUACUUUUAUAAUCUCAUAACUUUUUUAGAAUUAAUUUAAGUAUUCAAUUUUUAAAAUGAUAUAUAUCAGGUAUUUAAUGCAGCUACUUUUUACAUGUACAUGUAUUAAUCUUCCACCAGUUACGUUUUGUAGCAUUUACCUCAUGUACUACAUGGGAUUGUACUUCCACCUUAUCUUUACAAGAUUGUUUAUAUAAUAGUUUAUGAUGAAUUAUUUUUAUUGUUUUUAUACGACCACAAAUUUUUUUUUGCAUCGUAUAAUGGUAUCAUGUCGUUGUCUACGUCGUCUGCAUCAUCCAAAGACACAUUUAGUUUCCGGAAAAUAACUAAGGAUUUAGUGAAUGGAUCUCUAUAAAUUUUUACCAGGAGGUUCAACACCACCAAAGGAAGGUUAGGAUUGAUUUAGGAAUUAGGGGCCAAAAAGGGGUCCAAAAUAACCCUUUGUAGUUUUCAAACAAUAACUUGUGUUUUAAGUGUAUGAAUCUCUCUGAAAUUAUACCACAAGUUUCCAUACCAUGAAGGGAUGGUUAGUUAUGACUUUGGGUUGUUAUGGCUCAAAAUGUUUUGGAAUUAGGGAAUAAAAAAGGGGAAAAAGGGGCAAAAAAGGGGGGAAAUAGAUUUUCUGGACAAUAAUUUUAGAUUUAGUGAAUGGAUCUCUUUAAUUUUUAGUACCAGAAGGUUCAAUACCUCUAAAGGAAGGUUGGGAUUGAUUUUAGGGGUAAAGGUCUCUAUAGUUUAGGAAUUAGGGGCCAAAGAGGGAGCCCAAAUUAAGCAUUUUUGUAGUUUUCAAACAAUAACUUGUGUUUAAAUGUAUGAAUAUCUCUGAAAUUAUACCACAAGUUUCCAUUCCAUAAAGGGAUGGUUAGUAAUGAAUUUGGGGGUUUAUGGCUCAAAAUAUUUGAAAUUAGGGGCAAAAAAGGGGAAAAACUAGGUUUUUCUGGUCAAUGGACAAUUAAGACAAUUUAAAAGCAGUUAACUGGGGUAGGUAAUUCAAAAACAGUUAAUAUACAAUGUUGGGUAUCUUCAGAUUUAUCUCCAUUACACUACUUGUAAAUUAUGUGUAAAGAAAUGUCUGGUUUUGGACUUAUUGCCAAAAAAAGGGGGGUGGUAGUAGUUUUCAAAUUUUUUCCCCAAAUUUCUCAAAUUCCAAAUUUUUGAAAAUAUUGCAUAAUAGAUUAGUGAUCUUGACAUUUGUUUUGUGUUAGAAACUCAUAUUGUGUCAAUAAUAUGAUCCCAAUCCCAAUUUAGAGCUGUAUCAAGUUUCAAUGCUGUGUCCAUACUUGCCCCACUGUUCAGGGUUCGACCUCUGCAGUUGUAUAAAGCUGCGCCCUGCGGAGCACCUGGUUGUCCAUUCAUUACAUUACAUUGCAUACAUAUUAUUAAUAAAAAUCUUUAAUAAUUAAUAAGACUUAAAUAAAAUGUUAUUUAACUGUCAUGAUGCUGUAACAUGUCAGAAAUUAUGAAA